GAAAGGAAGACGCGAAAUAAGGUCAUACUUCCGGGUUGACGUUAUUUACUUUGGUUGUUGUUUCAUGGUCCCUGUCAAUUCAAAACUUAAUGAUUAUUUUGGUAUCAUUUCAUACAAAUCAUUUGUUUUUCCUCUACAUAAAGUAAUGCAGUAUGGCAACAACCGCGGCUGUCGUCAGUCGACGUAUCCUCGCGGCGUUCAGGACACAUACUUGGAGAAAUAAGGAAAUAACAGGCGGCCGAUGGGUGUCUACGGUUAGCCUGACAACCGAUCACGGAGGAGCUAGUGACAAAACACAACUGGAUCUCGGGGCUCCGACGUGGGACAGGAAAAGGGGAGACGAUCGCAGCCACUCCUGCCUGCUUAAGUCGUUGUCCUUGGGCUUGGGACUGUGCGCUUCUGUCGCGCUUCUGGACGGUCGAGAGGAAGGUGGACCUGUAUCUGAGCCCAAAUCACGCGGGGUACUUGAACGCAUCCUGCUGUCAGCUGAUUGCGCUUCUCCUUUUAAACCUGAUACUCCUCGGUAUAAAUACAACUUUAUAGCAGAUGUCGUGGAAAAGUCCACUCCGGCUGUUGUCUACAUUGAAAUUGUGGGAAGACACCCAUUUUCUGGGAGGGAAGUGGCAGUGUCCAAUGGGUCUGGGUUUAUUAUCAGCAGUGAUGGUCUUAUCGUGACCAAUGCUCACGUGGUGGCCAACAAGCGUGGGGUCCGCGUCAAGCUCACUAAUGGAGAUACGUACCAUGCCACCGUGCAAAAUGUCGAUCCGGCGGCGGACAUCGCCACCAUCCGAAUCUCUGCAAAGAAUCCUCUACCCACACUCCCGCUGGGCCGUUCAUGUGAUGUCCGUCAAGGAGAGUUUGUGGUGGCCAUGGGAAGCCCGUUUGCAUUACGGAACACAAUCACAUCAGGGAUCAUCAGCUCAGUUCAGCGGGCCAGUAAGGAGCUUGGCCUGUCCAACUCCAACAUGGACUACAUCCAGACCGAUGCCGCAAUCGAUGUUAGUGCACAAGCUAUGAUGACUUUGGUUUACUGUAUUAGCGUUUUACUACCCAUGUUUGUUUUGCAGUUUGGCAAUUCCGGAGGUCCUCUCAUCAACCUGGAUGGUGAGGUCAUCGGGAUAAACACCAUGAAAGUCACUCCAGGCAUCUCCUUCGCGAUACCAUCUGACCGCUUGAGACAUUUUCUUGAUCAAGCUGCCAAGCAAAGCUCCUGGUUUGGCGAGUCUGAGACAAAGCGGCGGUACAUUGGUGUCAUGAUGCUCACACUAACGCCAAGCAUCAUUGCCGAGCUGAAGCUUAGAGAUCCAUCUUUUCCAGAUGUGACUCAUGGAAUUCUGAUCCACAGAGUGAUCAUAGGCUCCCCAGCACACAGAUCUGGCCUGCUGCCUGGAGAUGUUGUACUGGAGAUCAACCGAGUGAAGGUGAAAACUUCAGAGGAGAUCUACACGGCCGUGCGUAAUAGUGGAAAGAUCACCAUGGUGGUACAGAGGGGAGAAGAGCAGCUUCAACUUGAAAUGACUCCUGAAUAUACAGAGUGACAAACAUCUGCUCACAAUCCAACCUGCCAAGCAACUUAAUCAUGUACAUGAGUGCUACUGUGAAACCUGUUUGUCACCAUAGCUGCCUGGAAUUAAAGGGGACACAUCAUGGAAAGUGUCUUUUAUAAUUACCACUAUUUUAUAUUUCUAUCUGUGGACUGCUCUACCACGCAACAAUUUUGAAAUGUGGAGAAUUUGCAUAAAUGUCUCCUUCAAACA